CCAGCUUUCAAGUAAAACCUACAGGAUUUCUUCUAAAUGUGUCCUUUUUGUCGUAAACGUGUAUAAAAUGUGUUGCUGUAAAACAUGUUUUAUGAUAAAAGCCACCGGCUGACGUUCCGGAAGCUUGACAGGCCCAGCAACAGUAACCAAGGGGGCGGGGCUUAGGGCGGGUCCAGUAGAGCGCGCUCUGGCAAAAACAGUUGAAGCAAGGCGCGCUCUACAACAACCGGAACCUCUUUCCAGUUUCUCCAUGUAUCAGUCCGCCUUCCUACAUUAAAAGACAUUCUGCAUCUGAUUUGCAAAUAAAACUGUCAGUAUCUGAUAAAAGUAGUCAGUUUGGUUAUUUACGGAACUUCUAAUCAUUCCCCCGUGUAUGGUUCGCUCUUAAUUUAGCUCAGAGAUCUAUGUUUCCAGGCGGAAGCUCCUAUCUGCUUCGAUCACAGCCUCCUGAUGACGUUUGUGGCGCCAGAAAUCAAGGCUAUACCGGAGAACCGGAGUCCGUCAGCUGCUGGUGUUCACCCGCUGCCGGUUAUGAGAACGGCAUCGAAAGGCCUUUUAACGCACACAGCGCCUCUUUCCCCGUGGUCGGUACUCGUAUGAGGUCAGGUUCCAGUCAAAAUGGUGAUUCUUCGCAGCAGCGGCGGUGGCGGAGCGGAGCCGGCGGCUACACCGAAGAGGAGGUCACUGGACCUGGACACCAGCUCCGAGUUUCUGUCGCUCCUUCCCGCGUCGCAGAGAAAGUCCGCCAGGCUGACCAGGUCCUCCCGGGCCCUGGAUGACAGCUUUAGCAGCCCCGAAAACAGCACGGCCAACGGUCACACUAACAUGAAGAGGGAAGGGAGGAGUUUUAACGGUCCUCUGAAGACCAGGGGACAGAGAGUCAAACUAGAGGUGUCAUUUGCAGACAUGGAGCCAAAGACGAGCUCACCUGUGAGCGAGGACAAGGCCGGAGGCUGCACCAGGAAAUCUACGAGACUCCAGAAAGAGGGAAAAGCAUCAACAGGCAAACAACAAGCAGAUUUACCUGAUGAAGUUGAGGAGUCGUCCACUCCAAAGAGGAGUCGCUUUGACCUCCAGAGGGAGGAGGAGGAGGAGGAUCAGUCAGUGAGGAGGAGCUCCCGAAUCACCAGAUACAAACUGGAUUCCAGAAAACAGUCGGUGCUUUACGACCGCCUCAUCACCAACACUGCUGAGGCCGUUCUCCAGAAGAUGGAUGAUAUGCAGAAGAUGAGACGGCGACUGAGGAGCAGAGACACUAAAGAGGAGCUGGGUGUUUACACCAGAGGCAGACUGAGGAGGUCACUGAGGUCAGAGAUGAAGAACAAAGACACAGAGGAGGAAGAGGAGGAGGAGGAGAACCGAGGAGGAGACGAGGAAGACGAGCAGGAUGAAGAGGAGGAGGAGGGAGAUGGAGAGGAUGAAGAUGACGAGGAAGAGGAGGACGAAGAAGAAGAUGACGCUGAGGAUGAAGAAGAGGAAAACCAACGCCGCUACGACUUUAGACAGCGGAAGACCGUGGACCGAUACCAGGCCCCACAGGAAGGACCCAGAGAGACCAGGAAACACAGUAUGUACUUCAAGCGUCACUCGUCUCCAACCCGACGGCGGUUCCGGUUCAGCUCCCGGGCCCCCAGGAGCCCCUACAACAUCCGCAGAACCAGCCGGAGUGGUUCUCAGAGGAGGAGACACGCUAUCCACAGCAGCGACUCCACGUCCUCGUCCUCGUCCUCUGACGAUGAGAAGUUCCAGAGAAGGAGAAGUAAGAGCAGAACCAGAUCUGUCAACAGAUGUUUGCCCAUGAACCUGGUUAAAGAAGACCUACUGGGGAUCCACAAGGACCGCAUGAAGAUCGGAGCCAGUCUAGCUGAUGUGGACCCCAUGCACAUCGACAGGACGGUGCGUUUCGACAGUAUCGGAGGGUUGAGUCGACACAUCUCAGCGCUGAAGGAGAUGGUGGUCUUCCCUCUACUUUACCCAGAAGUCUUUGAGAGGUUCAAGAUUCAGCCACCACGGGGCUGCCUGUUCUAUGGUCCGCCGGGCACCGGGAAAACACUGGUGGCCAGAGCGUUGGCCAACGAGUGCAGCCAGGGCGAAAGAAAAGUGUCGUUCUUCAUGAGGAAAGGAGCCGACUGCCUGAGUAAAUGGGUGGGAGAGUCGGAGAGGCAGCUUCGACUGCUGUUCGAUCAGGCGUACCAGAUGCGUCCAUCCAUCAUCUUCUUUGAUGAAAUUGAUGGUUUGGCUCCAGUGAGGUCCAGUCGACAGGACCAGAUCCACAGUUCCAUCGUAUCGACUCUGCUGGCGCUGAUGGAUGGGUUGGACAGCAGAGGAGAAGUGGUGGUGAUUGGAGCCACAAACAGACUGGACUCUAUCGAUCCGGCUCUGCGAAGACCAGGACGCUUUGACAGAGAGUUCCUGUUCGGCCUUCCAGACAGAGAGGCAAGAAAGGACAUUCUGAAGAUCCACACCAGACAGUGGACUCCUCCUCCUUCAGACGCUUUUCUGGAAGAAUUGUCAGAUAAAUGUGUUGGUUACUGUGGCGCAGACAUUAAGGCCGUUUGCUCAGAAGCAGCUCUCUGUGCCUUACGACGACGCUAUCCUCAAAUAUACUCCUCAUCGCAAAAGCUGGUGCUCGACGUCAACUCCAUCGCAAUCUCAAACCGAGACUUCAUGGCUGCCAUGUCCAAGAUGGUGCCGGCUGCCCAGAGAGCUGUGGUUUCACCGGCCAAAGCCCUCAUUCCUGUCGUCCGUCCUCUGUUGAGCGCCGCUUUACAGGACAUCCUCCAGACGGUCCAAAAGGUCUUCCCUCACGCUGAGCAGGGCCUGAAGAGGAAGAGAGAACCAGAUGCUCCUGUUUCACUGUCUGAAGACGAGCUGAUGUUUAGUGAGGACGAAGACACAGACGUCUGCUCCAGUGGACAGACGUCUCAAAGUCAACUCAGAAAAUCUGCUGCUACCAAUAUCGUCAACCUCAACAGGUCUGUGUUGAGCCAGCCCAUGUCCUACCGGCCCAGGCUGCUAUUACAAGGCCGACCCGGCUCGGGUCAGAGCUCCCACCUGGCUCCUGCCGUCCUCCAUGCUCUGGAGAAGUUCACCGUCUACACCCUGGACAUGGCGGUGCUGUUUGGAGUCAGCGCGACCACACCAGAGGAGACAUGUGCUCAGGUCUUUGUUGAAGCCAAGCGGACGUCUCCCAGUGUUCUGUAUGUCCCUCACAUUGGACAGUGGUGGGAGACGGUGGGUCCAGCCUUAAGGGCCACCUUCCUCAGCCUCCUCAGCUCCAUCCCUGCCUUUGCUCCCAUUCUGCUGCUGGCGACAUGUAACCUGCAUUAUGAGCAGCUCAGUGUGGAGGUUCAGGAGUUGUUCCGAGUAGAAUAUGGAGAAGUUUUCCACGUCCCAAUCCCGACAAGCAGAGAAAGAAGAAACUUCUUUGAGGAUCUAAUUCUGAACCAGACCACCAAGGCCCCCGCCUCAAAAAAGAAAGCUGUGCUCCAUGCAGUGGAGGUGCUCCCAGUCGCUCCUCCACGCCCCCCACGUCAGCUGACAAAGGAUGAGAUCCAACGGUUGGAGGAGCAGGAGGAAGACACCCUCAGGGAGCUCCGCCUCUUCCUGCGUGAUGUCACCAACCGUCUGUCUCAAGAUAAACGUUUCAAGGCUUUUACAAAGCCUGUGGAUUUAGAGGAGGUUCCAGAUUACGCUGAAGUGAUCAAGAAGCCGAUGGACCUGUCAACAGUUCUAUCCAACAUUGAUCUGCACCGGUACGGGACGGUCAAAGAGUUCCUCCAGGAUGUGGACCUGAUCUGGCAGAACGCCCUGGAGUACAACCCCGACCGAGACCCCUCAGACCGUCAGAUUCGCCACAGGGCAUGUGCGUUGAAGGACACUGUUCACGCCAUUAUUCGACAUGAACUCGAUGAAGAUUUUGAGAAGAUCUGUGAGGAGAUCAAAGCAUCACGCAGCAGAAGAGGUUGUUCCACAGGUCAGUUUGCCCCCUCCUACUACCACGUCCUCCCCAAACCUGCAGAGACCAAGACCAGUGAAUCCACCCCACAAAGAGACACCACAGGGACCAUGACAGUAGCCCCUGUCGCCACCACCACCGUUACCACGCCCAAAACCUCAGGCCAGAAGAAGAAACGACGGAAGAGUCGCUGGUCUUCUGGCAUCAUCACCAAGAGGAAGACCACCUCCUGUCCUCACGUGUCCAGAGACGACGCCCACUCUGAGGAUGAGGACGAUGGCGAUGAUGAAGAAGAGGCUGACAAGGGGCCAGAAGCAGAGCAGGGGGAGGUGACGGGCGGAGAGGGGGAGGCGAUGGUGUGUGAUGAUGCUGAACCUGAAGGUCAGCAGAGGAAGGAGGUGACAAAGGAAACUGGAAACCACCAGAAUGAGGACAAAGGACAGACCCCAGAGGGACACCAGAUGGAGUUGAUGGAUGCACAAAAGCACAACAGUGAUGACGCAGCAGCGAACUACGGCGUGGAGCACCAUUCAGAGACGGGAGGACACCCCCACGGAGAGUGUGACACCGUAGAGGGACAUCCAACCAGUGACCAAAAGGAGAUGGAGACCCAGAUGGGGGGACAGGAAGAGGUGGACAGGGACACUGAGCUCAGCAGCCAUACUGAGGCCAUGGGGGCGGAGCCAAUGGAAACGUCAACAGCUGAGACGUGUGGAGGCGUCCGAGAGGACAAUGGCGGAACAGAGCGGAGUGUGCGACGUAUGACCCGGGCUCUGAAGAACGCCGUUCAGAAGCAGCAGGUGAUGGACGUGGACAAGGCCCUGCAGAUCCUGGACCAGGACACGCCCCCUGUGGUGGUGGACAGGGACAGACUGAAGGAGCUGCUGGAACGGCUGGUGUCUCAGACCGAAGGCUAUGAGCUCCAUCAGCUGGAGAAACUGUACGCUCUGUUGUGUCAGAGCAUCUACAGACACAGACGAGAGUACGACAAGACGCCACUGAUACAGGAGUUGGAGCAGGAGGUCACAGACUUCUGUUGACUUCCACACUGACACCGUUUUUCCUCUAAACUGUGUAAAUACAAACAUUUCUUCUAUUUUCUUAGACGCCUGUUUCUUUGUGCUCCACUUCAGCCUUUGUACUCCCUGUUUAUACUGAAUAAACAGAUUCAAUCAGC